AUGGCUGCACCGGGCCCUGCGCUGCGUCGCACGGUGUUUGCUUCUUCGUCAUUCACCCGGACCAGAUUACUUUCCGGUACACGAACACCGAUCUCACACAAUACGCUCGCUUGCUGUUGUCCCACCCCGAUCUCUUUCUUGACGCCACACUCCUCGCAAACCCGAUAUAGUUCAUACUCCUCCCCGACACCGACACCAAGCGCAAAUGGCAAGGCGCGCAAGAAGGUCACAAUUCAAACAUUGCAGAACCUCUAUAAAAAGGGCGAACCGAUUGCCAUGCUGACGGCGCAUGACUUCCCCAGCGCGCAUGUGGCUGAUGUGUCGGGGAUGGACAUGGUUUUAGUUGGGGAUAGUUUGGGCAUGGUAGCUUUGGGAUUGGAUAAUACCACCGAGGUUGUAAUGGAGGAGAUGAUAUUGCACUGUCGGAGUGUUGUCCGUGGAGCGAAGAGUGCAUUUAUUGUUGGUGACCUCCCCAUGGGUUCAUAUGAGAUAUCUGCCGAGCAGGCCAUUGAAUCCUCAUUGCGCUUGAUUAAGGAAGGGCGCGUCCAUGGCGUUAAGAUUGAAGGCGGAGAGGAAUUGGCAUCCACUAUUAAACGCAUCACGCAGGCUGGUGUACCUGUCGUGGGUCAUGUUGGUCUCACGCCCCAACGACAGAAUGCCCUCGGUGGGUUCAGAGUCCAAGGGAAAACGACAUCUAGCGCUUUGAAGCUGUUGGAUGACGCGGUGGCGAUGCAAGAAGCCGGAGCAUUCAUGCUUGUUCUUGAAGCUAUGCCCGCAGAAGUCGCAGCCCUCAUCACAGAAAAGCUCAGUAUCCCGACUAUCGGUAUUGGUGCUGGCAACGGCUGCUCCGGCCAAGUUCUCGUGCAGGUCGACAUGACUGGCAAUUUUCAACCUGGUCGAUUCAUCCCGAAGUUCGUUAAGCCAUUUGCCAAUGUCUGGGGCGAGGCUGCGCGGGGAAUCACACAAUAUCGAGACGAAGUGAAGAGCCGUGCAUUUCCGUCAGAGGAAUACACGUAUCCAAUCCCGAAAGAGGAGCUCGCCGGAUUCCAAAAAUCGGUAGACGAGCGCUACCAGAAAUAA